GUAGACUGAAUAAUAACAAGGCAAGCUCGAGAGCCUACCUUUUCACAAAUAGUUGGACUGUUUUAGGUUAAUGACAUUGUUAUCUGCCAGAAAUUCGUAGUCAUCAUUAUUUCAUUCCAGCGAUUAUCAACGAUUUCAAUCAAAAACUACUGCUUGUUUGGUAGAAAAUACAUGAGUCAAGUGUGAAUUAAACAAUACUUACUCAGUGCAGUGGAAAUUUUGAAGGUAAAGUUAACACCAUGUCACAACCAGCCAGACCUGCUGCACCAAAACCAACUCCAAAACCUGGUCAAGUAAAAGUUUUUAGAGCACUAUAUUCAUAUGAAGCUCAAUUUAAUGAUGAAUUGUCAUUUGACGAAGGUGACCUCUUAUAUGUCUUAGAUAUGAGCAAUCCCAGUUGGUGGAAAGCUAAAAGUGGAAAACAAACAGGAUUGAUCCCAAGUAACUAUGUGGAAAUGAGUAUGGAGUCGGUUCCAAACCCACUUCAUGAAGCUGCCAAGCGUGGGAACCUGGACUUCCUUCAGGAAUGUCUUUCGAAUGAAGUAUCUGUUAAUGGGCUUGAUAAGUCAGGGUCCACUGCCCUGCACUGGGCAGCCUCUGGAGGACACAUAGAUUGUAUGAAAGUUCUUCUCUCCAAAGCAAACAUUUCAAUUAAUGUUCCUAACAAGUUAGGAGAUGCACCUCUGCACUCAGCUGCAUGGAAAGGUUUUCCAGAAGCAGUCAAACUUUUGCUGGCAAAGAACGCGCGUACAGAUAUUAAAAACAAUGACGGCAAAACACCAUAUGACCUUGCCUCAAAACCAGAAAUAGCAGUUCUUCUGAAACCAACUUUUACUAGAGUGGAUGAUGGUGACUACCUUGAUGAUGAAGACUCAGAUUAAUCAAAUCAUUUUGUGAACAUUUUAUGAACAUACUUAGAGAAAAUUAUUUUUGUAGAAACUAUAAACUGGACCAAAUCCAAGCAAUACAUAUUGAUUCCUAUGCAUAUUUUAGCAUACGAACAAUAUCAACACUCUUGCCAUAUUUUUUAUGUAUGUGCUUGAGUAUGGAUAUGUGUGUAAUAACAAUGAGUUUGUAAACAAACAGACUGUAAAAUCAUACAGUGUAGUUCAUGCUGGGCAUGGCAUUGGUUCAUGUUUUGCAGUUUUCUUUUUAUGAAUAUUUUGGUUGUAACUAUACAUAAUAUAAUAACAAUUUCCCGGAAAUAUAUUCAGGUACCAAGCAUUGUUUGUAAAAUAUGCAAAAGAGUUUAUCACAAAUUAAAGUCACAUGUUACAUCUAUGCUGGAGACAAUAGAGUUGGUCAAUGGAAGUCAACACUAUGGCAAGUUUAUUCUAGAAAUACAUUUUUAUUUUGAUUUAUUUAUUAUUCAAUAUAUGCUUCAACAAGUUAUUGGUCUCAAUUAAGUUUAAGUUAGGGUUCAGAAUACACAGGGUCAGAUCAUAUACAGAUAUGGUACAGUCUUAGAAAUUACCUUAAAAUGCUCUUCACAGCAUAGGAACCUAAGGCUUCACAGAGGUCUGGUUUGUGUACGUGUAAACUUACUAUUAUUUUACACAGGCCAAAAUGUGUAGAUUCUGGUAGUUGGGGGAAAAAUAUGUAAUACUUUUAAGAUUUAAUGUUUAAAAGCUCUACCACAUUUUGUUUAUAAGCAUUGUUUAUUGGUUCCUCAGUUUUUGAUAUCUUUAAAUAAUGUUUCAGCUUUGCAUAAACAAUGAGUGAGCAGAUCAAAACCUUUGGUAUAUCAUAUGUUGGAAGGUGGUUCUAAAAAGAAUGGAACAUUUGAUUGGAGAUAAUCUUGACAUUUUGAGAAUAGUUUGUCACCAGAAGAAUGAUGAUGGCAUUCCUUUCUGUGGUCCCAUGUAGCAUUGCUAGCUAAAUUUUGUUACUGACUUGAAAUGUUAUAAGCAAGUUGGUUAAAAUACUAAAAAUAACAAUUUUUUUCAUUGGAAUAGGAACUUGGUUCUACAUUUCAAUUUGUGCACCUCAGGCCAUUCUGCACCCCCCCCCCCAGACCAAGACCAGCCUAUGCCCCUGCUCUUUUCCAUCUUACCAAAAGCAU